CACUUCUGAUCCAGCUCCCUGCUGAUGGGCCCGGGAAGGUGGUGGCAGAGGCCCAAGCACAUGGCCCUGCCAUCCACGGGGGAGACGGGAUCGAGUUCCAGGCUCCUGGUGUCAGCCGCUGGGGAGUGAGCAGCGUUUAGAAGAUCUUUCUCUGUUCCCCCUCAUCCUCUCCUGGUAGCUCUGCCCUUAAGGAAGUAGAAGUGAGAGCUCAGGACUGCUUUAGAUGGAAAGGGGCUGGAGCUGUGGCACAGCGGGUAAAGCCCCCACCUGCAGUACCGGCAUCCCAUAUGGGUUCUGGUUCGAGUUCUGGCUGCUCCACUUCUGAUCCAGCUCUCUGCUAUGGCCUGGGAAGGCAGUGGAAGGUGGCCCAGGUCCUUGGACCCCUGCACCCACAUGGGAGACCCAGAGGAAGCUCCUGGCUCUUGGCUUUGGAUCGGCACAGCUCCGGCCAUUGCAGCCAUCUCUCUCUCUCCCUCCCUCUUUUUCUCUCUCCCUCUCUCUCUCUCUCUCUGUGUAACUCUGACUUUCAAACAAAUAAAUCUUUAAAAAAAAAAAAGUAAAAAGUGUGUCCUCUUAGUGACCCGCAUGGAGCUGGUAGGAGCGGAGUCUUCUAGAACCUUCUGGACCUCUCUGAAGGUCCUCGUGUGUGUGAACGCCGGGACACCCUCUCAGCAGCUGGAAUGAGUCUGCAGAUCUUAACGGACGAGAACGUCGGCAGCGACAAAAGCCCACAAAACUGCGACUUCCUGUUUUCACCACCGGAAGUUACCGGAAGGUCGUCUGUUCUCCGCCUGUCCCAGAAGGAAAAUGUACCGCCCAAGAACCUGGCCAAGGCCACGAAGGUGACCUUCCAGACACCUGCGCGGGACCCACAGACGCACAGGGUCCUGACGCCUAGUGUGACCAGUAAGCUGGAGGCCCCUUCUGCCCUGGAUGGCGGCGCUGGACCUGAAAACCCUCUCAGCGGGACGCAGAAAGAGAACCAGCAGCUCCCCAAGGAAGCGGGCCCCGGCGCAGCCAGCGGACCUCUCCAGAGGCCAGCAGUGGCCACGACAGCCGCUCCUGCGGGGCACGUGAGCUCAGCCGUCCUGCGGGGCAGUGCCUCGAGCCCCCCCUGCAGCCCGGGACGUUCAGCAAGCCAGACGGUGUCCCCAGGGCCGGGACCCAGCAGCCCUGGGCGGCACUGCUCAGAGGAACGCAUGGCCGCCAGCACUAGCGUCCCAGGCCAGCCUCCGGGGAUGGCGGCCCGACCCGCGCCAGAGACCCCGCCCAGGGCCUCACAGGGAGGCUCCCACGAUGCUCUCUGCAUGCCGUGGCCCACGUCUGCCUCGCCUCUCAGCACAGGUCCUAGAGAACCACACGGGGUGCCGCUCGUCUCCCUCACAGGCCUGCCUGGGGGGAACCCGGCUCACCGUGACGACAGAGCCCCUCCCCCUGCGGGCACCACACCGGUGGACCCCCUGCAGGCCGGCGGGGCCACAGCCCCAAGUCCUCACAAGGGACAGGCCCCUGGGACUGCACUCGGCACACUGGGACAGGACCUCCCUGGCGAGGCCAGCAGCAGCAUGGCGCCCUUGCAAGGAGAGAGGCCCGAGGGGAGGCAGGUGCAGGCCGAGCCUGCACCCCCGGGCUCUCCCCACCUCGGCCGGGAGGAGCCGCCUGGCCCGAACCUCAGCCCCGAGGCUGAUGGCACAGAGGCCCUGCCCCAAGAGAGCCCUGAGGCUGGACGGCCGGAUAUGGGGCCUGUGGCUGCCGAGCCCUCGCCCCCGAGCCAGCAGCCAUGUGCGGCUUCGGUGGGCGACACACCUGAGGUACAGACGGCAGCCGAGACCCCGGGAGCAGGAGAUGAGCAGGGAACCCGGGAGUCCCCCAGCACGCCGACGUCCGGGAGCUGUCCAGGCGGGGGGCCCGCAGCCCUGGAGCUGGAGGAGGAGAGCUUCAGAGACCCCGCCGAGGUCCUAGGUACCGGGGCGGAGAUCGAUUACCUGGAGCAGUUCGGGACCUCCUCGUUCAAGGAGUCGGCCCUGAGGAAGCAGUCCUUGUACCUGAAGUUCGAUCCUCUCCUGAGAGACAGCCCUGUGCGGCCCGUGCCGCUGGCCACGGCCGCGGAGGCGGACAGCACGCAGGUUGCCGCUGAGCCCCCAGGGGGCCCGCUGAACGCGCUGCUCGUGGACCUGGACCUCGGGGGAGCCCUGCCUGUCCCUGUGAGCGCGUCGGUCCCCCUGGAGCCACAGGUGCCGGCCCCACCCCCGUGUGUCCUGGAGCCCAGCUGUCCACCCCUGCCCGUGGGGCCCAUCGUGGACAUGCUGCAGUACAGCCAGCGAGACCUGGACGCCGCAGUGCAGGCGGCGCAGGAGGAGAACCUGGAGCUGAGGAGCCGGUGUGAGGAGCUCCACACCAAGAACCUGGAGAUGGGGAAGAUCAUGGACGGGUUUGAGGGGAUCGUGUACCAGGCCAUGGAGGAGGUCCAGAAGCAGAAGGACGCUGCCAGAGCGGAAGUCCAGAAGGUUCUGAAGGAGAGGGACCAGCUCGCCGCGGACCUGAGCUCCACGGAGAAGUCCUUCUCCGACCUCUUCAAGCGCUUCGAGAAGCAGAAGGAGGUGAUCAGCGGCUACCGCAAGAACGAGGAGUCGCUGAAGAAGUGCGUGGAGGACUACGUGGCGCGGGUGGAGAAGGAAGCCCAGAGGUACCAGGCGCUGAAGGCCCACGCCGAGGAGAAGCUCAAGCUGGCGAGCGAGGAGAUCGCCCAGGUCCGCAGCAAGGCCCAGGCGGAGGCCUUGGCCUUCCAGGCGAGCCUGAGGAAGGCACAGAUGCAGAUCCAGUCGCUGGAGAAGACUGUGGAACAGAAGGUGAAGGAGAAUGAGGAGCUGACCCGGAUCUGUGACGACCUCAUCUCCAAGAUGGAGAAGAUCUGAGCCCCGCUGCUGCUUUUAGCCGGUUUCUGUAGUUGCUGAAUAAAGUUCCCCUUAGGUUGCUGUGGGCUGUCGCCGUCUGGAUU